UCGCCCCCAUGCUUAACUUACUCUUCACACCAAAACCGGACGGAAGCCUGCACAUGUGCAUUGACUACCGAGCUCUCAAUAAGCAGACAAUAAAAAACAAGUACCCGAUUCCACGAAUCGAUGAUCUGCUUGACCAGCUUCGGGGAGCCAUGGUAUUCUCCAAACUAGAUCUGCGGUCCGGAUACUGGCAGAUACGAAUGGUGGACGAUUCUGUUCACAAAACUGCUUUUCCGAACUCAGUAAGAUCAGGCCUAGACAUCAUCACCGGGCUACCAACUACAACAAGCGGUCAUGACGCGAUCCUCAUCGUCAUUGACAAGUUCUCCAAAAUGGGACACUUCAUCCCGACACACACAACAGCACGCACCGAGGAGACGGCACAACUCUUUCUUCGCUACAUCAUCUCACAACAUGGCAUUCCGACCACACUCAUCUCCGACCGAGACCCUAAGUUCACCAGCAAAUUCUGGAAGGAACUGAUGUCUCUACUCGGGACCAAACUCGCCAUGUCAUCCGCCUACCAUCCGCAGACAGAUGGACAGACCGAGCGCCUCAACCAAAUUGUGGAGCAACUCCUCCGCGCAGCCUGCAAGGACGAGAUAUCCAAGUGGGAAUUGCACUUGCCCGUCCUGGAGUUUGCCUACAACAAUGCUACUCACGCUGCUACUGGACAGACACCGUUCUUCCUCUGUUACGGACGCCACCCACUCACACCUCAACAGCCAAACAAACCAGCCACAGUCCAACCCGCUCAUGAUUUCAACACGACCAUGCACACACUUUGGGAUCGGACCCACAAGCGCCUUCUCGACAUUCAACAACAACAGAAGCGCCAGGCCGAUCGCCACCGCACCGACCACACCAUCACCGUAGGAGAUCGAGUACUAAUCGACACACGCAAUCUUGAUAUCAGCCAUCUCCCAUCCAAACUGCGACCUCGCUUCUGCAGGCCUUUUCUCGUUGAAGCACAAGUCACUCUUGUUACCUUCUGCUUACGCCUGCCAGCUACCUGGAAGAUUCACAAUGCCUUCCAUGUCCAACUCUUGAAGCCCUACCGAGAUCCCAACAUGGUCUUCUCUGGACGCCAACCGCCGCCGCCGCCACCCGUCCUCGUCCAUGAUGAACCCGAUGCGUGGUGGUGUACCUGGACAACAUCCUCGGGCGACAUAAAGCAGCACGUCAAACACCUGCGACGCGUCUUCGAAAUUUUUCGACGAGAACGAUUCUACGUCAAGCUGUCCAAGAGCGAAUUCGCCCUUGAGAAGGUCCAGUUCCUAGGACACAUGGUGAGCACUCAAGGAGUUCACGUCGACCCCAAGAAAAUCAAAGCCAUACGUACGUGGAAGACACCCGAGAACGUGAAGGAGUUGCAGCAGUUCCUAGGCUUCGCUAAUUACUACAACAUGUUCGUGCCACAGUAUGCGAAACUUGCAGCACCACUCACGAAUCCGCUGAAAAAGAACACGCCCUACAAAUGGGAGCCGAAGCACCUGGAAGCCGUGGAGCAGCUGAAGCAAGCACUUACGUCCGCACCAGUACUCAUCUUGCCAGAUCCCGAACGCGACUACGUCAUCGAAGCUGACGCCAGUGACCAGGCAGUGGGAGCAGUCUUGAUGCAAGACCAAGGGAAUGGACUGCAACCAAUCGCCUACCUCAGCAAGAAACUACACGGGGCAGAACUAAACUACCCGAUACACGACAAAGAUGCCCUUGCCAUCGUCAUCGCCUUCAAAGCGUGGAGAUGUUAUCUCGAAGGACGAAGAACAACCGUCUACACCGACCACUGCAGCCUGAAAUAUUUGAAGACACAACCCAACCUUUCCAGGCGGCACGUCCGGUGGAUCGACUUCCUCGAGACACACUUCCACUACGACAUCGUGUACAAGCCCGGCCACAAAAACAAAGCAGAUGCUCUCAGCCGACCUGCACACGUUGCCGCUAUUCAGAUCGAAGGGAUGAAUCCACUACUCAAGGGACUCUUCACGCACAGGUACGCCAUCGACCCCGAAAUUCCCUUGGCAAAAAAGCGACAUCUGCUACAGUGGGACAGUGACAUCGCGUACCGGAAAGGAUCAACAAAAAUUUGGGUACCCAAUUACCCUCCUUUGCGCCAGUUACUACUCAAAGAAUACCACGACGUCCUCUACGCCGGACACUUCGGUAGCAACAAGACGCUGACCGGUAUUGCAAAACACUACUACUGGCCCCACUUGGCAGAGGAUGUUCAGAAAUGUGUCACCUCGUGUGAUACAUGUCAGAGGAUGAAGAGUAGCAAACAGAAGAAAGCGGGACUGCUACAGCCUCUUCCUGUCCCAGAACAGCCAUGGCAAGUGGUUAGCUUGGACUUCAUCACCGGGUUAGCACCUACCACCAGCGGUCAUGAUGCAAUCCUUGUUGUCAUCGACAAAUUCUCCAAAAUGGGACACUUCAUCCCGACACACACGACAGCACGCAGCGAAGAAACAGCACAACCCUUCGUUCGAUACAUCAUCUCACAGCAUGGCAUUCCAACCACACUCAUCUCCGACCGAGACCCCAAGUUCACCAGCAAGUUCUGGAAGGAACUCAUGUCUCUGCUUGGGACCAAACUCGCCAUGUCAUCCGCCUAUCAUCCGCAGACAGACGGACAGACCGAGCGCCUCAACCAGAUUGUCGAGCAACUCCUCCGAGCACCUGCCCGUUCUAGACCAUCUCCCAUCUAAACUUCGACCUCGCUUCUGCGGGCCUUUUCUCGUUGAAGCACAGGCCACUCCUGUUA